AUGGACUUGGCAUCAUUGAGCUAUGUGUCGGGCGAAAGAAAGAGGAAAUCCGAGUCAGAUGAUGAGCUUAUCAUAACCAACAAAAGAUUGUUCAAGAAAAGAUCGAAGAACAGACUACCCGAGGUAGAUCCAUCAGAACUCUGCAAUCUGGUAGGAGACUCGUCACUAGAAAUGCCCGAUUUCAGUGAUUUCGGAGCGAAUGGUUUGGAUCCUACUCGAUUCGCUUGGGCACCUAAAGCAGACAUUGCAGCAAUACAAACCUCUCGCCGAGAGGAAACCCCCAGAGUUCCCAGAAAAGCUGCUCCUCCAUCCAUUCCUGACCCAUCUGAUGCGGAUUGGAAUAAGAACGACAAAUCGUUCUAUAACUCUCGCUCGAGGCCUCAAAAGAGACCUCCAAAGUCAAGCUUCUUCGUCCUUCCAGGAGAUGAUGACAUCCAGCUCGAGAACGAUAAUUGUGUAACAGAAGCCUUUCCAGAACGUAUUCAUCGAGUUUUUCCGAUUCCUCUCGAGAUACGAGAAAUGAUUUACAGAUAUCUUGUGCGGUCCAAUAAGCCAAUCGCAGUUUUUGACGGCUGGAAAAGGGUUUACAAGCAUGGGAACACUCGGCAAACAGGGCCGGCUUUCACCGACAGGCCGUCGCUAGUAAUCAACGUUCUAAUUCUGAACAGGUGGAUUUAUCCAGAAGCGGCACGAAUCCUAUACAGUGAAAACACUUUUCUCUAUCGCCUUCGUGAUCCCCCGACCAUUUGCCCACCCCCCGUCAACCUCGACGCGCUGGUAGCUUUUGAUUCUUCUUCUUCCGUUACUGGGAGCCUGGAGGGCGACGAUCCCAAUGACGGGGAUUAUCAGGAGCAUAACCCCCAAAACAGCACACGGCGAGCAAGAUCAAGGAGAAAGAAAAAGGAGCUCGAUGAGCCGUGCAUCAAUGUUGGCAAAUUCCACCAUCUCUUUCGACAUAUUAUCAUCGAGGCUGAACACAACCGGUAUGGUGACGAUACAUUGAGGAGCAUGCGGGAGGCCCUCGAGAUCUUAAGCAACCCUCCUCCUGUCGACAAGGAUUCACUCCCCUUGUAUCCAAGCAUCGCAGCUUCUAAACUCUCGAAAAAGAAACAGAAAAGUGGGCGAAAAGCGAAGCAUGGGGUUAGACGAGAAGAACCUCGCCCUCCCACGGUUAUCACGCCUAACAUCAUGACUCUGGUAAUCAAAAUUCGGCCCAGUCGACUCCAGAAUGGAUUCACGUUCGUGAACUUUUUUGACAAGAAGUCUCCUAUUCUCCAAGCCAUCCAAAACCUGCUGCCUCAGAAGCUAUAUGUAAAAGCAAUGAUGGGCCAAUUCACUAACCGAAGAAACGGUGUGAAUUUUUCCAUUAACUUUCGACAUCAAAGGAUCGUCGAUCUGGUAGCCGCUGGAGAGCCGGAUAUGUGGGUUCGAGAUAAAGAAAUGGUCAUACGGCGCAGACACAAAGCCGCGGAGAGUCUCAGGAAGCUUGAAGAUCUAGGCGGUGAUGUGGAAAAGUCCUGCAAUAGGUACUACAUUCAACAUUCAGACCUCGUCGAAGAGAAUGACGAGUUUGAGUUUUUCGAUUGGGAUGAGACAGAGGACGAUGAGUUCGAAUUUUCCCAACAAACAUUCACUCAAGCUGAAGUCCAAGCCGUGCCUCCAGCUGAGGAGGCUCAGGAAGAAGUACAGCUCGAAGUUCAGGAUGAAUCAGUCCCGGUGCCUGGAAGUGGCUGGAUUGAAGAGGUUGAGACUCAGGAUGAAGUAGUUUCAGAGACUCAAGUUGAAGAGGCUCAAGAAGAAGAGGCUCAAGUUGAAGAAGCUCAAGUUGAAGAGGCUCAAGAAGAAGAGUCUCAAGAAGAAGAGUCUCAAGAAGAAUUACAGCCUGAAGGUCAGGAUGAACCAGUGCCAGCGCCCGGAAAUGAUUGGAUUGAAGAAAUUGAGGCCCAGGGCGGAGUAGUUACAGAAACUCAACCUGAACAGGCCCAGGAGGAAUGA